AUGAAGAAGCAAGCUUGUUCAAGUGUGUCCAUUCUCAUUUUCUUUCUUCUAUCUCUCACCAUAUUUUCGAACGUGGAAGCUCAAACUUGCAAGCCUAGUGGCAAGUUAAAGGGUAAAAAACCACCUCCAGGGGAAUGCAACACGAAGAAUGACUCCGAGUGCUGUGAGGAGGGCAAGCUUUAUACUACGUACAAGUGUUCGCCGAAAGUGUCAAGCCACACAAAGGCAGUCCUCACAAUCAAUAGUUUUGAGAAAGGUGGUGAUGGUGGUGCAGAAUCGGAAUGCGACGGUAAGUUCCAUUCGGAUGACGAACGGGUGGUGGCGCUAUCAACCGGAUGGUUUAACAAGAAAAAGAGGUGCUUGAAAAGCAUUGUCAUCCAUGGUAAUGGAAAGAGUGUGAAGGCCAAGGUGGUGGACGAGUGCGACUCCACAAUGGGUUGCGACGCAGACCAUGAUUACCAGCCUCCAUGUCCAAACAACAUUGUUGAUGCCUCUAAAGCUGUUUGGAAGGCGUUGGGUGUGCCAGAAGAUGAGCGGGGUCAGCUAGACAUUUACUGGUCUGAUACUUGCAGGCCUAGUGCCAAGAUAAGGGGUAGAAAACCACCUCCAAAGGCGUGCAACAAGGACAAUGACUCCGAGUGCUGUGUGGAGGGCAAGCUUUAUACUACGUACAAGUGUUCGCCCAAAGUGUCGAGCCACACAAAGGCAGUCCUCACGAUCAAUAGUUUUGAGGAAGGUGGUGAUGGUGGUGGAGAAUCCGAAUGUAACGGUAAGUUCCAUUCGGAUGACGAAUCGGUGGUGGCGCUGUCAACCGGAUGGUUUAACCACCAAAAGAGGUGCUCAAAGAACAUUAUCAUCCAUGGUAAUGGAAGGAGUGUGAAGGCCAAGGUGGUGGACGAGUGCGACUCAACAACCGGUUGCGACGCGGACCAUGAUUACCAGCCUCCAUGUCCAAAUGACAUUGUUGAUGCCUCUAAAGCUGUUUGGAAGGCGUUGGGAGUGCCACAAAAUGAGUGGGGCCAGCUAGACGUUUACUGGUCUGAUGCUUGA